AAUAUGGGAGCAAAAAACAGAAGAACAAGUAUCGAACUAAACACUGGAUCCCACAAUUCCGCAGACUUUUGCGACUGGUUCUCCACCGCCCGCUCGGCUGCUUGCGCCCGGUCGCUACGCCCGCUGCCUCCACAGUAGAACCACAACGGUAAGGGCUCUCAACCACGGGAACGACAGCCGUAGCUGCUACUCAGAGUGAGAACUACAGUAUCAAUUUGCAGAAUGUUGGUUUUGACGAAAAUGGGGGGAGCAAGGGUGUUGGUUCUCUCAAAUGCGAGCUAGCGCCCAAGCGUGCUACACAUGGGCGAGUAGACAUACAGUAGCUGUAAUUAUUGUAUGAGUGGCAAAUUUUAGUUCGAGCGGCCCUUAUGUGAUCCGAGCGCGAUUACCCCCCGAGGGGCACGCCAUGCGCGCAGGCCCCAUGCAACAGAAAUUCGCCGGGCACCAACCCGCGCACAGAUAAUUCAUAGGACUACACCAUAGCCAUCAGAGACCGGCCGGGAACAAGCCCCGCAAGCGGGGCAGCAUGGGCGCGACACCACCCUGCCGCGCCAACUCACCCCAAACACGCUCCAACCACUUGUGCGACACAAGGGCUACCAUACAGUAGCGCGCGACACCUAAUCGCGUGCGCCGGAGUGUGCGAGCAAACAUUGUACGGAGGAGCUCGUUUGGGCCCUAGGACGCAGGGCCUGGGCUGGCUUUUGGUGCAUUCAAUAGAGCAUUGGAAACCGCGGGCACACAUAUGCUGGGGUGCGCAAAGGUGAAAGGAUGGAUGCUACCACUGGCACCAUCUAUUCCAACCUGUCAACGGACGCAUGGCGGCGAAUGGUAGCUGCGCUAGUAGCCGCCAUUGCCAUUCAGGCCUGUUACCGUUCUGGGCUUACCACACGUGGCACCACACCUCAGCGCUGGGGCCCCAUUGCCGUGGCGGAGUUCAAGGCACGCGAGGCAUGCCCAGAGAUCUUCCCGCAGCCAGUUGAUUACACACCAUGGGAGGCAUCACCCAAGCAUAUGGCAGAGCAGAUUAAGAAGUGGUACGUGCGCUACGUGCACACUGGCGGGACAGAGCCCAAGCCACGCCCAGGCCGGCCGCGCACGGUGUCGGACCCCAUCCUGAAAACCCUGGUCGACCACGUCAAGAGCGUCCACUAUGACUCUGCCGCCAAGCGUGAAGAUGGUCUCAGCCGUGGAGGCUGAAAGGGAGUACGGUGUCAGCGAUGGCGCCUUUCCCUUGCCACCAGACAUUGGCACAGCGGAGUUUGAAAGCGACGCAUGGCUCAACUUAACCAUCUUCAACGGUU